CAAAAGCAUUAUUUUUAAGAACAAGGAAUAAUACUCCUGCAUUGUAUACUGAAUUAGCAUCUGCUAUAUGUGGUAUCUCCAAAGUUGACAAGCAAAUGCCAGUAUUAAUUAAGAAGGUUGGUAGUUGCUUUGAUGAUUAUUGUUAUCACCUCCUUGCAAAGCUUCGAAAGAGAGCUGAUGAAUGUUUGAAUCAAUUUGGUAAUAUUGCUUCUACCGAUACCCAACUUCUGGACUUUAUUUCUGAGGAUAUAUGGUGUGAGAUACUUUCUCAAUUUUUUGAAGCAACAGAACAGCCUGCUCUUCAUAAGAAAACUAAUAUGAAAGUAGCACUUUGUAGUUGUGAUGCAAUUACUGUCAACUUGCCAAUUCCAACUGUACUUGGUGUUGUCACUUGUUUGCCAGUUCAAGAUUUAUUAAAAUGUAAAACUGGUCGGCAAAGAA